AAUACCUGCUUGGACCAGGUGUCUGCGUGUUUCUGUUUGAUUGUUUGUUUAUUUCGUUUCAAAAGUGAACAGUCCUUUUCACCCUCUAAAUCGAAUCUUGUGCCAGCUCUUGCAUACUUUUGCAUAACCCACGGCCCCCGAAAUGCCCAAUUCCAAAUGUGCGGCUGCAUUCUGCAACAACCGCCGGGUGGAUGUCAGGAAGCGCAAGCUGGCCCUAAUCUUUCACGCCUUCCCGGCGGACGAGGCGCUGCGCAGCCGAUGGAUGGCGUUUUGCCGUCGGGGCGUCGAUUGGACGCCCUUCAAGACCGACGCCGUCUGUUCGGCCCACUUUCGCCACGAGGACUAUCAGAUGGCUCACUCGCCGUUGCUAAAGUUGAGCAAAAAUCUGCGCCGUUUGCGUGUGGAUGCGGUUCCUUCGGUGCGGGAGGGGAUGGUUGUUACCAUUUCCAAAAAGCAGAAGCUCGAGGAGCUUGUGCGCCAGCAGCGUUUGGAAGAGCUGUACCGGCAAAACAAUCCGUCCGCGGAACCGUCGACAGAUUUCGAUCACACGUACAGUGGGGUGACGGUAGCGGACGAACUGAAGGAUGAAUCGCCCAUGCUGGAGAAGAUUGUCUAUCGGUUGCAGAAAUUUCCCAACCUUUGUGCGCUCUGUCUUCGGGCGAUCGAUGAUGAGAAGCUGUUCACACCGUUCGCUUCCUACAGCGAGGCGCUGGAAAGUACGAUCGAGCAAAAGUUUGAUGAAAUAACGGGAGAAGUAAUCGAUUCGAAGGAACGUACCGGCAUCCACCAUCUACUGCCGGAUAAGGUGUGUGCGGAGUGUUUGGAGGUGCUGAUACAAUUCCACCACUACCAAAGACAGUUGCAGUGCUUGAAAAGGUUUAGCACCGGAAUGGCACAGCUGCUCAAGGGCAACAGGCAACCACUGGCGGAGCUUUACGCCGCCCAGGGAGACUACUUGGCGAACGUUCUUAAGAAUCUCAACAUAUGCCAAGUAGCAGAGGAAAACAUUACCCUGCAGCGGCUGGAGGCGGAAGUGGCAACAUACGGACGGGUGAAAAAGUACACAACGUUUGAGCAAGAUCUUCCCCGACCUGACACCAGCGCGGUGGCGAAUCGAUGCGAGGAAACAAUUCCUGCAAGCUGUUUUCAAAUCGAUUGCAGUGCCACUUCCCCCAGAGAGGCAGAACAACGGCAUCGAUCCCAGUCCACCCAAGAAGCGGACGGUACGGGUAGAGCGAAAAAAUGGAUCUGUCCUUAUGAGGAAAUUUGUCGCGAGUGGUUCCUGGAUCAAGCCUCGUUGCAGAAGCAUAUCCAUGAUGAUCAUAAGGUUUUCAAGUGCCGUACCUGUGGGUAUAGGAUAAAAUUCUACGAUCUUUUCAAAAAGCACGUCGAAAGCCAUGAUAUCGCCCGGGCGCUAUUGCUGUCGCACAACAAAAAAGACACACCAACGGAAGGGAAAUGUGAAACGUGCGGGAAGCAGUUCCAAAGUGACGAACAGUUACGGCGCCAUAGAGAGACUCAUGCACAUUCCGGGAACUAUGUGUGCGGUAGGUGUCUCGGUGUGUACGCCAGUGAGCAUAAGUACAACAAUCAUCGGUGCAGUAGGAGAGUGCAUGAGGCCACCGGUUUGGGACAGUUUGAAGCUAUGGGUGCAACAGCACAAUAUGAUUGUGAGUCAGAUAUAGAGGACGAAUUAUUAUCCCAACAAUCGGACGAAACUGGUCAAUUUGCAGACUCUAGGCACCAUAGGAAUGUUGAACUGCUUAGUAUCGAGAUUCUACAGUAAAAUCUUUGUUUUUCUCGUUUAGAGGAAGGCAUUUGUACAAAUGUUGAGCUCCUGCUGGAUGAAUGAUUAAUCGAUUGUGAUUAAAAAGUGUAAUUUUGAAAUCGGCGAUAUUUUUUUCAA